AUGGGUAAACACAAGCACAAUAGACUAUACGUCACUCACGAUGAACAUGCUGCCGGGUUGUCUUCCGGGUCUGUGGGCAAGCAAGCACCGACGGGGACGGGCGGUUUCCAGAGGUUGCCCUUUGACUGCUGUGCGUUGUCCCUCCAGCCCUUCAAGAAUCCCGUAGCGGCGAUCGGGGAGGGGAACAGGGCCGAUGUCUUUGAUCUCCUCAAUAUCGUGCCCUACAUCCGUAAAUACGGAACGAAUCCUGCUACAGGGACUCCGCUCACAACCAACGAACUCGUCAAGCUCAACUUCUUCAAGAACGCUGAAGGAUCGUACCACGAUCCGAUCACCUACAAACCGCUCUCCCAGCACACCCACAUCGUCUUCCUAAAAACUACUGGAAAUGUGUAUGAUAUGUCUUCCUUGCACAUGCUGGCUAUCAAGACCAAGACGUUCCGGGACUUGAUCGAUGAAUCGCCUUUUACGAAGAGCGACGUCGUCACGAUCCAGGACCCGGAAAAUCUAGGAGCUAGGGAUCUGAGCUCGUACGAUUACGUCAAGUCUGACAAACGGGUCGAGGAGACCGACCGGGCGAGCGAUCCUCUUAGGGGCAUUAACGUGGACGCUGCAGGUGGAGCUGGGAAGGUAUUGAGGAUGGUCGCACAGAAGUCGAAAGCGGCAGAAGAUCUGGCCAAGGCGACGUCGAGCGAGGCAAACAAGACGCCGGAAGAAGGUCUUGUUGCGAUCAGACCGAAGGCUCAGAAAGCUUAUAACGCUUCAAAUUUCACCAACGGGCAAGCGUCGGCUUCUUUUACCAGCACGUCAUUGGCCCCGGCGGCUAAGAACGAGACGGCUAUGUUUGACGAGGAAGAGUACAUGUUCGACGAGAUGAGCAAAGUUACCAAAGAGAAGGAACGAAUUCAGUACAAGGGGUACGCGACGAUCCGGACGAAUCUGGGUAAUCUAAAUGUGGAGCUGCAUGGAGAUCGCGCACCCAAGACCGUGUAUAAUUGGAUUAAGUUGGCGCAACAAGGCAAAUACGACGAUGUGGUCUUUCACCGCCUGAUACCAGGAUUUAUGAUCCAGGGCGGAGACCCGACAGGUACGGGACGAGGAGGGUCAAGCUUCUGGGGUAACAACUUUAGGGAUGAGCACGAUCUUAAGGGCGCUUACAAGCAUAGCGAACGAGGGGUUCUUUCGAUGGCAAAUCGCGGGCCGAACACCAACGGGUCUCAAUUUUUCUUCACCUUCCGACCAACACCGCACCUUGAUGGCAAGCAUACGGUCUUUGGCAAGCUGGUCGACGAUGACAGUCUCCAGGUGCUGUCGCUGCUGGAAACGCAGCCUGUAGCAAAGAAAGGAGACGCGCCGGCUGAGGAGAUCAAGAUCCUUGGAAUAGUGAUCGUCCAAGACCCUUUCCAAACAUAUCAAGAUAGAUUAAACGCGAAGAUUUCAAGGCAGGAUCAGUCAGAAGAUGCUCUCGCCCUUCGAGCGGCCAAGAAAGCAGCACGAGAGGCAGAUCGGACGACAUGGCUUGGAACCGAUCUUGGAGAAAAGGGAAAGAGGAAGUUGGAGGACGAUGGCGACGCCGCCGUUGGCAAGUACCUCGCGAGCAAGAAACAAAAGCCACCGGCACCGAGCGUCACAAACAACUAUGACUUUGGCGGAGCUAGCGCGAAGAAACCCAAGAAGCUGGGCAGUUUCGGCGAUUUCAGCGGGUGGUGA